AUGGGGUAUGCUGGAGAGGAAGUGUCUUUGGCUGUUAAAAGAUAUGGUGUAGAUAUUCCAAUUUAUAUCUUGAUUGAUUCGAUUGAUGCUGUUAGACAUAGUGAGGUUACAAGCGAUUGGAGAAAUGGCCCAUCAUCCAACUUUAAACGCUUUAGCCGCAAGGAGAUAAGAAAGGCAACUGAUGAUUUCCGUACAAUUAUCGGCAGGGGUGGAUUUGGCACUGUUUAUAAAGCUCGAUUCAAUGAUGGGCUUGUUGCUACUGUGAAGCGGAUGAACAUGAUUGCUCAACAAGAUGAGUUCUGUAAAGAGAUGGAACUAUUGGGUCGGUUACAUCAUCGCCAUUUGGUCACGCUGGUGGGAUUCUGUGCAGAGCGACAUGAAAGGUUCCUUAUCUAUGAAUACAUGGAAAACGGAAGUUUAAAAGAGCAUCUUCAUGCUCCCACAAAAGCUCCAUUGAGCUGGCGGAUCAGACUUCAAAUUGUGAUAGAUGUGGUUGCAGCUUUGGAGUAUCUGCAUUUUUACUGUGAUCCUCCUUUAUGUCACAGAGACAUCAAAUCCAGUAACAUUUUGUUGGAUGAGAAUUUUGUUGCAAAGGUAUCUGAUUUUGGCCUUGCUCAUGCUUCGCGAAGUGGUGCUAGUAAAUUUGAGCCAAUUAAUACAGAUGUUCGUGGGACUCCAGGAUAUAUGGACCCAGAAUACCUUGUUACCCAGGAAUUAACAAAAAAGAGCGAUGUAUAUAGUUACGGUGUGUUGCUGCUUGAAAUUAUCACUGCUAGACCAGCAGUUGAAGAACUCCAGUGUCUUGUCAACAUUGUAAGAAUGUGUACACAAAGGGAGGGCAAAUCACGCCGUUCUAUAAGGCAUGUUCUCCAACUUCUGUAUGAUAGACUAGACAUUACGUGUCCAAACUCUGCAUUGAUAGCUCUAGAUGAAGAUGAAGAUAAAGAUGAUGAAUCCAAAGCCAUUCACAGAAACAAGAGGAAGAUACAAAUAGAGCCAUUUACAGAUGGAAACGACUUUAGUGGUGAAGUCAAGUGCAUGGACUCUUCUCCGAAUACUUCCCAAUCUUAUUGUAGCAAAAAUUUUCUCCUUGACUGUACCUCACCUGGAUCUCAGUAA